AUGUACUGCUCCAUGCUCCUGGAAUCUGGUGACGCCACUGCUACGCUGAGUCUACCAGAUCCUAUCCCGACGAGUUAUCCUGCUCUCUCCGUGACAUCCGCAUGUUCCUGUCUUCUAGCUCUUGAAGAGACGCCUUGGGCGCCUUGCCAUGCAAAUGCGACGGCAACGCCGGCAGCCGAUUACUCUACUGAGAUCGAUGACCCUGGAUCAACUGACGCAGCUUCAGCCACGGUCGUUUCGAAUACCCAAAGCAUCCCAACCGCCCACGCAACUUUCGACGGAGGCUACUCGUAUUCCUUCCCCGGCCCAGCCAUUCCAUCCGAGACAGCUCCAACAUGCGGCUGGGGCGAGGUGACCGCCACAGUCCAAGUCACGGAGACGCAAGUCAGCACAAUCUACAUCUACAGCUCAGGAAUCCCAAACACAAGCAGCGCGCAGAGACUAUCGUCCGUCAGCGAUGGUGACAGCGGUGGCAGGCCUGCCCCGCUUCCUACGACGAAGACUAUUACUGGUGAAGCUAGCGGGAGUGCGCCGGGGAUCGUGUCGACGGUGACGUUGAUCGGGGACUCUACUGUUGUUUUGCCUACGCAAACCGGCAAGACGAUUGAGUCGACUGCAGCUGUGCCGAGGGUGACUACUAUUAUCAGCGGGAACUACACGACAGUCAAUACCAUUUCUGGAGGCGAGUCUGAGUCGAGUUCUACGAAGUCUAUGCCACCCAAUAACAGUCGUGUCAUUGAUGGUGUGGCUUCAACGUGGACAGUCGUCGGCGGUUCGACCAUCUUUGGUACCCUGACGCCAGGCUCUUCGAAUCUGAUAACACCGACAGCUAUCAGCCUGACCGGCGGCGCCACGUUCGUGAGCACUCUCAAUGGUACAGCCCCAACAGCGGGUAGCUCAUCAUCCACGACUGGUUUCCCAUCUGCGCCAGCAAGUACCUCGGCGACCUCAACUUCCAGUUAUGACUCCGCUUUCACGGGUAUCUCGGUCGUUGUGGCGCAGAACGCGACUUCGUGCUACGCCCUGCCUACACACACAGCAUCGCUGCACGAGUCACUCCUGAACGUCACUGACCGUACUCCUCCAUACAUCAACGCGUUCUACCUCAAUGAGACUACGCACUCCGUUCAAUACCUCCGCCUGAUAGACAAUGCCACCAACCCAGUUCUUGUCGACGUCUCCGACCCAUCAAGACUUGGAAUCGUUGACAAAGCCGGCAACGUGCUCUCAAUCGACAGUGAGGGCUUGCACUUUGCCUCCGCAAAUUGCUCGCCCAAGAUUGACGUCUUUAUCUCUGUUUUCUUUCAGCAACUCAACACCUUGACGAAUUCAACCUGUAACAACACAACCGAUAUCCCAGUCAACGGCACAGAUCCGCGCCGUCUUCCCGUUUUCAAAGGGACGUUGGCCGAGAUGGCACAAGACGCAUUCGACAUCACUCUGCAUCUCAAAGACCAGUGCGGGAACCCUGCCCGUGCUGAUCUACCGGUAUCAGUCGCGUUAGGUGAUACCCGAUGCAUUGUCCUCCCAGGUGCCGCGGGAGAGUUUGUCGCAAAUUGCGCAUUCCCCGGAAGCGGGAGCGAUUCCAUGGAGUGUGAGACGUCGGUUCAACAGACUCUGGAUCAUUUGACGCAGGGAUCUCUGGUGGGGAGCUGUCCGCCCCUCACAUCGGUAUGGAGUCUGCUAUUCCAGCAACUAGGCAGCGUCGUCAACGUUGACGAACUUCUCCAGCCCUUCGUUGAUGCUGGAUUACAACUUCUGGCUGUCAUUGAUAGCUUUAUGGAUCUUUACGACUUCUCGGCUGCAACGUUCAAGAACUCGACUUCGGGCUCUGGAUCGGGUCUAGGUGAUAUUGUUGAGGGAUACGGUGUCACGACUAUCAAAACGGAAGUCUGCCGUUCUCUCAUCUCGACUGAGACGUUGAACCUCACUUUCACGGCCGGAACCUCCGCAACACCCAUCUCACUCGCAAACAUAACGGCCCUACCCUCAACGGUCUCAGAGUACGAGCGCAAUGUUACGGAUCCGACAGCACUUGCAUGCUGCCCGAAUGCAAACGCUUGCAUCGUUCACGAUGGGGAACGAUUUUACCCACCUGAAGCCUCCAUUCCUGACUCUGACUGCCUCUGCGGCAAGACUCUGGAGGGCGGGGGCGAGGACAGGACACAAUCAUCUUAA